CCAAUGACUUCUCCUGGGAGCAAGUCAACACCUGGGAGAGGCCUACCAUGGAUGCCACUGUUCCCACAGGCUCCUUUAUGAUGGUGAAUACAUCUGGCCGUGUUUCAGGCCAGAGGGCCCAUCUCCUCCUUCCAACGCUCAAAGAAAAUGACACACAUUGCAUCAACUUUCAUUAUUCACUCUCAAACUGGGAUGGACUCAGUCCUGGAGUACUAAAUGUUUACGUCAAGGUGGACAAUGGGCCACUGGGAAACCCUGUGUGGAACACUUCAGCACCCGUGAGUGAAGGAUGGGUCAAGGCUGAGCUGGCCAUUAGCACCUUCUGGCCAAACUCCUACCAGGUCAUUAUUGAAGCAGUGUCAAUGCAAGGACAUAGUGGCUAUAUCUCGGUGGAUGAGAUCCAUGUUCUCGCUCACCCCUGCCGAAAGACACCUCAUUUUCUUCGGCUUCAAAAUAUUGAGGUGAAUGUGGGUCAGAAUGCUACCUUCCAGUGCAUAGCAGGGGGCAAGUGGUCACAAGAGGACAAAUUAUGGCUUCAGCAAUGGAAUGGGAAGGACACUUCUUUGAUGAUGACUCAUUCUAUGAACCAGCGGCGAUUCUCCGCCACAGUACGUGUGGCUGACACAACUCACCGUGGCACUAGUCGGUACCGCUGCAUCAUCCACUCUGAUGGAGGCUCCGGAGUGUCAAACUAUGCUGAACUUAGCGUGAAAGCUCCACCAACUCCAAUUGCCCCUCCUGAACUUCUUUCAGUUGGUGCCACCUACUUGUGGAUCAAGCCAAAUGCUAACUCUAUCAUUGGUGAUGGGCCCAUCAUCCUCAAAGAGGUAGAGUACCGCACAACCACUGGCAACUGGGCUGAGACUCACAUUGUGGAUGCACCAACAUACAAACUGUGGCACCUAGAUCCGGAUGUGGAAUAUGAAAUAAAGGUUUUACUGACACGACCAGGAGAAGGAGGUACUGGCCCUCCAGGACCUCCACUUAUCACACGCACCAAGUGCGCUGAUCCAGUAAAUGGCCCUCAGAACGUAAAAGUGGUUGAUGUCCGCGCACGCCAACUGAGAUUGGAGUGGGAUUUGUUUACAUAUGCUGUGACACGCUGCCACAGCUUCAACCUGACUGUGCAGUAUCAGUACAUCUAUAACCAGCAGGAGGUUGUAGCCGAGGAGCUCAUUCCCACCUCCUCCCACUACAUCCUAAAAGGACUUCGGCCCUUUGUGACUGUCAGACUAAGAAUGGUGUUAGCAAACCCAGAGGGCAGCAAAGAGAGUGAGGAGAUUAUCAAACAGACAGAGGAAGAUGUGCCUGGCCCUGUUCCUAUGGAGUCCAUUCAGACAGGCCCAUAUGAGGAGAAGAUCUUCAUGCAGUGGAAGGCUCCCAAUGAGACCAAUGGCAUUAUCACCCUUUAUGAGGUCACAUAUAAGGCUCUAAGCUCUCUCGACCCCAGUGUUCAUCUGAGCACCCAGCAUGGUCGGGUAUUCAAGCUACAAAAUGAGACACAUCAUCUCUUUGUGGGACUGUACCCUGGUACUACCUACUACUUCACUUUAAAAGCUAGCACUAGCAAAGGUUUUGGACCACCUGUUACUGCACGCAUAACCACCAAGAUUGCAGCUCCAUCAAUGCCUGAUUAUGAAACUGAUUCUCCUCUUAAUGAGACAGACACCACAAUUACAGUCCUUUUAAAACCUGCUAAAUCACGGGGUGCUCCUGUCAGUGCAUACCAAGUGGUGGUCCUUAAAGACCGAAAGCAAAGGGUACGACGGACUACAGAAUCCACAGAAUGCUUCUCAAAACCUGUUAGCUUCCGCAAUGCUUCCAUCUUAAACUCAGCAUAUUACUUUGCAGCUGAGCUCACCCCAGUUAACCUACCGGUAGUACAACCUUUCACCAUAGGUGACAACAAGACAUACAAUGGUUAUUGGAAUGCCCCAUUGUCUCCUGCCAGGAGCUACAGCAUUUACUUCCAGGCUAUGAGCAGAGCCAAUGAGGAAACCAAGAUCAACUGUGUACGUCUUGCAGCCAAAGGUGCAUCUACCCAUAAUUCCAAUGCUCUGGAGCCUGAAAAACAGGUGGACAGCACAGUAAAAAUGGCAGGUGUAAUUGCUGGCAUCCUUAUGUUUAUCAUUAUUCUCUUGGGUGUGAUUCUUACCUUCAAGCGCAGAGAAAUCCACACCUGGAGAACAAUGAAUGUGGGAAGAAAUGAGUAUUCCUACUCUUAUUACCUGAAACUGGCAAAGAAACAGAAGGAUACAACCAACAGCAGCACACAGAGAGAGAUGGAACAUGUGAGCAUGGCUGAUAAAAGCGUUGGAAAAGUUAGCACUCUCCAGAAGGAAGACCCUUUCUCCACCAGCAAUCAAGAACUCAACAGAUUCGAGGGCAGCCACAGUGAAAUAUCACAGCCAUCUCUAACCAUUCAGUCAUACCCAUAUGGGGGUUGUGAGUCAAUGGAGAUGUCCUACCAGGCAGGCAAGAUCCAACCCGCCAUACGUGUAGCUGACCUCCUCCAGCACAUCACACAAAUGAAGCGUGGUGAAGGCUAUGGGUUUAAGGAGGAGUAUGAGAGUCUAGCAGAUGGACAAACUGCUCCAUGGGAUACAGCCAAAAAGGAGGAGAACCGCAACAAGAAUCGCUAUGGCAACAUCAUUGCUUAUGAACACACUCGAGUUAGGAUGCAACUGCUGGAAGCUGACUCGCACUCCGAUUAUAUCAACGCCAACUAUAUAGAUGGUUACCACAGACCAAAGCAUUACAUUGCUACACAAGGUCCCAUGCAAGAGACAGUGAGAGAUUUCUGGAGAAUGGUCUGGCAAGAGAACUCUGCCAGCAUUGUCAUGGUAACCAACCUGGUGGAAGUAGGCAGGGCGAAGUGUGUCCGAUAUUGGCCUGAUGAAACUGAAGUGUAUGGUGAUAUUAAAGUGAUUCUCACUGAGACAGAACCUCUGGCCGAGUAUGUCAUCCGCACCUUCGUUGUCCAAAAGAAGGGACAUCAUGAGAUCCGGGAAAUCCGUCAGUUCCAUUUCACCAGCUGGCCAGAUCAUGGUGUCCCCUGCUAUUCUACUGGGCUGCUUGGCUUUAUCCGGCAAGUCAAGUUUCUCAACCCACCUGAUUCUGGGCCUAUGGUUGUCCACUGCAGUACUGGGGCAGGAAGAACAGGUUGUUUUAUAGCAGUUGAUAUUAUGUUGGACAUGGCAGAAAAUGAGGGAGUGGUGGACAUAUUUAACUGCAUAAGAGAGUUACGCUCACAGCGAGUCAGUAUGGUUCAAACUGAGGAGCAGUAUGUUUUUGUACACGAUGCUAUCUUAGAGGCUUGUCUGUGUGGGAACACAUCCAUCCCUGUUUGUGACUUUAGAGCCAUCUACUACAACAUUAGCAGAUUGGAUCCCCAAACCAACUCCAGCCAGAUCAAAGACGAGUUUCAGACACUAAAUAUUGUCACACCACAUGUUCGUCCGGAAGACUGCAGCGUGGGACUCCAACCCCGUAACCAUGAUAAAAAUCGCAACAUGGAUAUAGUAGCUGUUGAUCGCUGUCUCCCUUUUCUUAUCUCCAUGGAUGGGGAAUCAACCAACUACAUUAAUGCAGCACUAAUGGAUAGUCAUAAACAACCAGCAGCCUUCAUUGUGACCCAGCACCCACUACCCAACACAGUGUCAGACUUUUGGAGGCUAGUGUUUGACUACAACUGCUCCUCCAUCGUGAUGCUAAAUGAAAUGGAUGCUGCUCAGUUAUGCAUGCAAUACUGGCCAGAGAAGAACUCAUGUUGUUAUGGCCCCAUUCAAGUGGAGUUCAUGUCUGCUGACAUUGAUGAAGACAUCAUUAAUCGGGUCUUCAGAAUCUGCAACAUAGCACAGCCACAGAGUGGAUACCGACUGGUCCAACACUUCCAAUUCAUUGGCUGGCCAGCAUACAGAGAAAUUCCACUGUCCAAACGCUCUUUUCUGCAGCUGGUCACACGCCUGGCUAAGUGGCAAGAGCAGUAUGAUGGAGGAGAUGGGCGCACUGUAGUCCACUGCUUGACUGGUGGAGGGCGUAGUGGGACAUUUUGUGCUGUACAUAGCAUCUGUGAGAUGAUUCAGCAGCAGAACAUUGUUGAUGUGUUCCACACAGUGAAGAUGCUUAGAAACAACAAGGCCAACAUGGUCGAGACUAUGGAGCAGUACAAAUUCUGCUACGAGGUAGCUCUGGAAAACCUUAACUCCUUCUGAAAGAAGAACUGUGAGCAGAUUAACAAGAAAACAAAGGAGCAGUCAUGAGAAUCAAAAAGCCACAUUACAGACUAACCCACUAGCCAUGUUGUUCUUGUUAGCAGCACAGUAAACAAAAGGAUGAUUUACACUGUUUACAUGAGCCUCUGUAAGUUAGUGCACAAAGAGUGGAAAA